CGCCCAUCUUCUUGACGUCGCGCAGCCACGCCUGGAACGACACACUCUUGCUGUGGAAGUCUGACUCGCGCAAGAUACCGUACUUGCCAUAUUCGUCCUGGUUCACAGCGUGUUUUUUGCUGACCUUCUUGCUCUUUUUGCUUUUCUUCUUAUCCUUCUUAUGCCGCUUCCUGUCCUUCCGCAAGCUGCUGCGCUUGUGUUUCCGUUUCCGCCGAGAUCGCUCGUCAUCCGAUCUGUCGGAGCUACCAGAUUCCGAGUCCGACGAAGAUUCCGACGAUGAAGAACGCGAGCGAGACCGACGUCUGGAGUGGCGGUGGUGGUGCCCGUGUCUGCUGUCGUGUCUACUCUUCCUGUCCUCCUUUUCCUUGGGGCUGCUGCUACCAUCAUCCGAGUCCACUACCGUCCACAUACGCGAUCUGUGCUCUACCUCCUCCCGGUUUUCGAGCUUCUGUUUCUCGGCCCCUUCCGCCUUGUCAUGCUUUUCAUGGGGUCUAUGCUUACGCCGGUGGUGGUGACUGUGUUUCGCAGAGGUCGAGCGACUCGCACUCCUGCUUCUGCUACGGCUCCGACUAUGUCUUUCAUGUCUUCGACGCGGGCUGUGGCUGCGCGAUCGCCUGUGGCUGCCGCUGUGGUGCAGCUCUCUCAUGCUCGAUCAACCAGUUAUGGAAUCCAAGCGGUUAAAGAGCACACAGUUGAAGAGCAAUACAGUUAUCGAGUGUUUAUAGCAAAUCACCGUGUUGCCGAUCAUAAUGGCCGAGGAGCAGGUUGACGACACCUCUAGUGGUGGUGACGUGCUCUCGCUGGGAGUGCGUGGCUACAGCUGUCAGAUUUUCGAUGAACCGGAGACGGCGUGGAAGCUUCAUCAGGAGUCGCACCUGAUUCCAUGGCGUGGGGAGAGCGACGGCGACCUGCGCGUGGAUCGCUUCGACGCGAGGAAUCUGUUGGAGGACCGGAGUCUGUUCCGGCAGCUAAAGAAGAGAAAGCGAGUAGAGCCCGGAGGUAGAAUGCCAGAGCUAAAAGUCGAAGGAGCUGGUGAAGGUGAAGAGGAAACAGAGCAGCAGAUACUGCAUCGCCUGCGCUUCGGAGACUACGCAGUCGAGUUCCCGCCGUCAGAGGAGACGUUUGCGACGGAGAACAAGUUUCCGUACCAAUACGCAGAAGACGAAAGUGACGAGGAGAGUGAUGGAGAAGCAUUCGAUCCGCUGUGGGAGGUGCCAGAACAACUAGUAAUGCCAAAGACCAAGAAGCUGCACGCGAUUAUAGAGGCUACAGCUAACAAGGUGCGGGGUCAUCCGCAACUGGAAGUUAUGCUGAAGGUCAAGCUCGGCGACAACAAAAAGUUCCGAUUUUUAGAUGCCUCGCACGCGCUUCACGCCUACUAUUGCUUCUUGCGCGACGAGAACCCUCAACCAACAUCAAAGAAAAGUGCAGUCAAGGUUUCGCUGUUAGGAGACGAGUAUACGGAUAGCGAUGACGAAGCAGAAGACUCCACCAAAUAUGGCAUCAACCACGAGGAUGACACACAUGAACAACGUCAGCAAAAGAUGUCUCGGCAUCAUCAAUAAGAGUCAGGUAAGCGAUUCUUAGAACAUCGUUUUGUGUCAAUUUGUCUUGGUUCUUGCAUACUCCUUAUUCAAUGAAAAACCCACGACAAACCCGAGAUGCAGCGGACACAUUGAGUCGACAACGCGAUUCUACCGAUGAGACGCUUACGGGAACAACCGCUUCGGGUCACGCGGGAACAUGGAGGCCUUACGGAUGUUGCCCAGGCCCAGGUACAGCAUGACCACACGCUCCAGGCCAAUGCCACCACCACCGUGGGGCAGAGCGCCUAGACGGAACGAGUCGAUGUAGUUGCGCA